CAUCAGAUACGAUUUUUUGUUUUCUCAUAUACAGGAACUAUUGCUUGUGCACAGAGAGGUCUGGUGUAAGAAAGACGUCUUUUUGACGAACAUAUAAGAGAUUCAAAGACAAGCCAAAUAAAAGGUACUUGUGAACUGAGCUCAAAAUGAGAGUUCCUGUAAAACUCCUCGGCUUCAGCUUGUGGUUGCUUUCCUUAAAUUUUGCCCGAUGUCAAGAAUGUCUUCAAAAGGACAUCAAAUAUGAAAACACCGAAGCAGUUGCGAAAGCUUCAUACGUGGUGAAACAGUGAAAGUGAACUGCAUGACAGGUUAUACUGGCUUGUAUAAAUUAAAGUGUGAAAAGGGAAAAUGGAAGAAAUCCACUGAGCGACCAUGUGCAAAGAAAAAAUGUAGUCAUCCAGGUGACACACCAAACGGUGAUUUUAAACUCAUGGAGGGAACGGAAUUUGUUUUUGGAGCAACAGUGGUGUAUACUUGCAAAAAAGGAUAUGAAAUGGCCAGCAGAACCAAUCAGCGUACCUGCAGAGCUCAAGGAUGGGACAAUGCUGUUCCUGUCUGUGAGGUUGUGAAAUGUCCAGCCAUUCGCACAGACGGGGAUGUAACUGCAUCAGGCAAAACAGAGGAUGGGAGUUAUGGUGAUACUAUUCACUUUGAGUGUGUAUCUUCUGAUAAAAUAAUAGACGGAAGUAGUGACAUUCAGUGUGAAGAGACGGGCAAAUGGAGCGACAUUGUUCCAAAGUGCAAAGAAAUAACAUGCAUAGCGCCUGUCAUAUCAAAUGGAAAUGUUGUUGAGCCAAAGCCAAAAUACCAGAAAGAUGCUAUAUUAAAAUACAAAUGCAAUAAAGGGUUCAAGGAGAGCGAGGAUAUCCCCAGAUGUGCCAAAUUUGGCUGGACUCUGAACCCUGAAUGUCAUGAAAUAACUUGUGAGCUGAAGUCAACCACUUUUGGGGUGCAAGAGAUCAAACCGAAGGAAAAAACUAUUUUCAGAGCUGGAGAAAGUGUGGAGAUCACCUGCUCUGAAAAACACUGGCUGUUUGGUACAAAAGAAAGCAACAGAUCUUUUACAUGCCAAAGUAAUGGGAAGUGGGACUAUGAGCCUGUUUGUGAAGAGAUUACAUGUGACGAUCCACUUGGCCAGCAUGUGUCUGGACCAUACUGGGGAAAGCUGAAACUGGGAGUAACACAGUCUUUCAGUUGUGAGUCUGGAUAUCGUGAAAUGGGAAAAGUGGCCACAUGUACCCGAGAUGGAUGGAUACCAAAACCACUGUGUACUGGGCCCUGUAUAGUGACGGUCGAGGAAAUGGAUAAAAGAGGUAUAGAGCUGCGGUGGAAGCCAAAGGGAACAAUAAUCUCACCACAAAAUGAUUAUAUCGAAUUUGCAUGCCAGGGGGGCAAACAAUUAAGACACAAUAUCCCCCUAAGACAACAGUGUAAUGAUGGAGUGAUGGCUUUGCCUGAGUGUGUGUGACAGUGGAAAUAAAGCAUAGAUGAAGCAUAAGCAGUACUACUUAGAAAAAACAGCAGAGCAGAUAAAAAUAAACAAAAAAAAUUCCCAAUGCAGUAUCUCUGUUUUGUAUUUCUUGCGAGUAAAACCCAGCUAAGUGAGCAUAUUUAUAAACUUUCAACAAUUAUGAGGGGAAAGUGGGGAUUUAUUAUUAUUAUUAUUAUUAUUAUUGUUGGGUUUUUUUUAACUAACAUUUUACUUUUUGUUAUUUAAUAAAAUGGUGCUCUGGGUUUACUGCUGAUUACAAGUAUGACCACUAAUGUGUUUGUUUAUAUUAUAAUUAUUUACAUGAGACAGAGCAAUGAUGCAUAAAUAAUGCAGACUGUCCUCCUCCAAAAAAUGACCCAAUAGGUCAUUUGUUUAAACAUCUUGUUAUGACCUAUAUUAAAGGUCCCGUUCUUCGUGAUUCCAUGUUUUAAACUUUAGUUAGUGUGUAAUGUUGUUGUUAGAGUAUAAAUAAUAUCUGUAAAAUACUAAAGCUCAAAGUUGAAUGCCAAGCGAGAUAUUUUAUUUAACAGAAUUUGCCUACAAAACAUGACCCC